AUGGAGAGCUCAUCCGCAGAAACAGGUGCUUUGAUGUGUAACAGUCUGGACGCUGGAGAUGGAUGUGUCAUGCACCAGCUUCUCCAACGAUGUAGGAGAUCAGAAGAGCAUGACAACAUGCUGAAAAAAAUAGAGACAAGCGAGGAGGAAAUGAGUGACGAGGCUUCACUCCUGAACAUAAACACAAAUAGGAAUCAAGAUAAAGGAAGGAAAAGUCACAUUCAAAGCAAGAAAAAGUCGUCGUCUGGUUAUAUAUCCAAACAUGAUAUUACCCAUCAAGAGGAAGAGGAGGCUUUUGUGCAAGGUUCUAGACAUAUGAUCAUGCUGUUUGUACCAGUUACCCUUUGCAUGAUCGUAGUUGUGGCAACUAUCGCAUCGGUCUCCUACUACAGUGAGACAAAUGUGUAUUUUGUCUACACUCCCUUCCAUGACAAGACUGAAGAUACAACCACCAUCGUGUGGCAGUCAACGGCUAAUGCUAUGAUCUUGUUGUGUCUCAUUAUUGUCAUGACAUUAGUCUUGCUGACACUAUACACGUUCAGAUUCUAUAAAAUAAUCAAUGGAUGGCUAAUGAUAGCUUCGGUGAUUCUGCUAUUUUUCUUUGGCUUUGUUUACUUACAGCAGAUACUUCGCGCCUUCAACGUGCCCAUGGAUUACAUCACAGUGUCCCUCUUGUUGUGGAACUUCGGCGUCGGCGGCAUAUUUUGCAUCCACUGGAAGGGACCCCUUCUUCUGCAACAAGCUUACCUCAUCGUCAUUAGUGCCUUUGUGGCCCUGACAUUUAUUAAGCACAUGCCUGAGUGGACUACCUGGGCUAUGCUUGGGGUUUUGGUGAUUUGGGAUCUAUUUGCUGUUCUGUAUCCUAAAGGCCCACUGAGGCUGCUAGUAGAGACAGCACAACAGAGGAACGAACCCACGUUUCCUUUUCCAGCACUUAUUUAUUCCUCAACGAUGCUGUGGCAGAUAACAGUGGCAGAUAGUGACCAAACGGAGCUGGACAAGAAACAGAAUCUGCCAAAUAAAUCUGGAGAACGGGAAAGUCGCCCUUUGCCUGCAGCUAGUGGGGAAUUCUCUGCACAGGGCACCACCUCACGUUCUGCAGGAGCUGCCCAGCCACCGUUAAAUAGGAGCCCAAUGCCCGCGGCAGGUGCCCAGUUACCCUCUACAAGUGCCCAAAUACAAUCGGCAGGUGCUCAUAUGCCUCUGUUAGCAACAGAUGCCAGUGCGAGCAGGAAUGAAGAGAAGAUGAGCGAGCUGAAUGUCAUGAGUAAACAAGACUUUCCCAGGGAUGUUGCUUCUUUGAUGGAUAGCAGUGACGUGGACGCCCUCGAUUCACCAUUCAUGGCAAAGACUAGUUUUGAAAGUGACGUUGACGAUCUCAAUGAACUAGGAGAUGGGUCCCCAACGGACCCACCAGCGGUGACCAGCAAAAAACCCAAACAGCAGCAGUCGAAAUCUGCACACCUGUUACAUCACAGACACUCCCGGCCGAGCACGAAACCGUCCCACACGGACAGGUCGAAGUCAGUGACAGACGACAAAGAAGAUCGGGGUGUUAAACUCGGCUUAGGAGAUUUUGUAUUCUAUGGGGUUCUUGUUGGAAAGGCGUCAGCAAAAGGAGACUGGAAUACAACCAUCGCAUGCUUUGUUGCCAUACUGAUUGGUUUGUGUUGUACGUUGUUGCUGCUAGCCAUCUUCAGAAAAGCCCUGCCCGCUCUGCCCAUCUCCCUGACCUUUGGGUUGGUGUUCAAUUUUGCCACCAGCAUCUUGGUGAAGCCGUUUAUGGAGAGCUUGGCCAGUGAGCAGGUUUACAUUUAG